GAUUAUCGGACCAGGAUCGAACGGAUCUGUGUUUAUUCUGAUCGGUUACUAUGAGCAGUGUUUGAAUUCAGAGGAAAUGUACAUAAAAUCUAUUAUAAUCGACGGUUUCAAGUCGUACGGCAAGCGAACUGAAGUGCAUGGUUUCGAUCCGGAAUUUAAUGCCAUUACCGGCCUGAAUGGCACUGGUAAAUCUAAUAUCCUGGAUUCUAUUUGCUUCGUUUUGGGAAUAUCCAAUCUUGUCCACGUCCGAGCAACUUCACUCCAGGAGUUGGUUUACAAAAGUGGUCAGGCGGGUGUGACAAAGGCUACCGUUACGCUGGUAUUCGACAACACCGACAAGGAGCAGUGUCCUUUGGGCUAUGAAAAAUGCAACGAAAUUUCCAUAACGCGCCAAAUCGUCGUUGGCGGGAAGAACAAAUAUUUGAUCAACGGAAAAACAGUUCAAAACAAGAAGGUCCAGGAUCUGUUCUGUUCGGUGCAGCUUAACGUGAACAAUCCGAACUUUCUGAUCAUGCAGGGACGGAUUACCAAGGUGUUGAACAUGAAGCCGCAGGAAAUUUUAUCCAUGAUUGAGGAAGCAGCCGGGACCAGUGUUUACGAGGCUAAGCGGGAGCAUUCGAUUAAAUUGAUCGAAAAGAAGGAUGCUAAGCUGAACGAGCUUUACACGGUUCUGCGGGAGGAAAUUGAACCGAAGCUGGAGAAGUUGCGUAAGGAACGCGCUCACUUUAUCGAAUAUCAGAAGAUCUGCCGGGACAUUGAAUACUUGACUAGAUUGUAUAUUUCUCAUAAGUAUUUGCAGUUUGUGAAAUCGGUUGAGAAUUCAGAGAAGAGUAUUGCGGGAUUAAAUGAAAUAAUCGUUAACAACAGACAAAAGAUUGACAGUCACAUUAAUGAAUGCAAAGAGAUUGAAAGCAGCGCUAAGGCGCUGCAAGAAACGAUUGAUACGGAAGGAGGUGGUGUGUUGGCGGAAUUGGAAACCGAGUUAAGUGCCGAAAGCAAAAAGGAAGCGACAGCUUCCGCGGAGCGGAAUAGUACAAAAGAUAGCAUCGGAGUUGAGCAGCGUAAGCUCAAAAAUUUACAAAAAAGUAUUAAAGAUGAUGAGGCUGCCCUGGAUAAGAAGGAAGCAGAGAUGCAACGUACCGGGGAUAUGUUUCAGAGCCUUAAAGAUGCAAAUGAAGCCGAUGCUAAAGCUUUCGAUGAUGCUCAGAAGCGCUUCGAGGCGGUCAGUGCAGGGUUGUCAACGAACGAAGACGGUGAAGCUGCCACAUUGCAGGAUCAGCUAAUGGCAGCCAAACAGAAGACGGCCGAGUCUGCAACCGCAAUUAAACAGAGCGAAAUGGAACUAAAACACUGUCAACAGCUGUUGAAGGAAAAACAAGGUGACAUGAACUCCAGUGACGCAGCCUAUCUGGCGGAUAAGAAACUAUUGACAGACACCGAGAAACAGAUUCAAAAACUAUCGGCAGAGCUGCAAAACAUCGAUUAUGAGGAAGGAACAAUUGAACAGUUGCAAGAGCGCAAGCAAGUUCUGUCCCAGGAAAUACGUAAUCUCCGUGGUGAGUUGGAUCGCAAGAAUGCUUACCGCUGGGAAUUUCAAUACCGGGAUCCAGAACCGAAUUUCGACCGAUCAACGGUUAAAGGAAUGGUUGCUAAGCUAGUAUCACUAAGGGAUAGAAAAUAUGCCCUUGCCUUAGGGACGGCAGCUGGAGGAAGUUUAUACAGCGUUGUAGUCGAUUCGGAUACUACCGGCAAAAAGUUGCUUCAGAAAGGUCAAUUACAAAGCCGAACCACGAUGAUUCCGUUGAACAAAAUCUCCAGUCGAUCAAUCGAUCAAAGCACCGUUAGGGUGGCGGACAACCUGGUCGGAAAAGGCCGUGCGGUAACGUCACUGUCAUGCAUCGACUACGACCGCCGUCUGGAACCGGCAAUGAAGUUCGUUUUUGGUCAUUCCUUUCUGGCCGAUGACAUGAACGUAGCCAAGCAGGUAACCUACCAUCGGCAAAUUAUGUGCCGUACGGUGACGCUCGAUGGGGAUGUAGUCGAUCCCAGCGGAACACUGUCCGGUGGUGCAAAACCGAAGGGAGGCACCGUGCUGCUGGAGGUAGAGGAAAUCAACAAAAUACAGCAACUGUUGGCAGAGAAAGAGGCAGAUUAUCAGCAAGUUUGCGCCGAAAUUAGCAAAUUGGAACGCAUUGCUCAUCGCUACAAUCAGCUGAAAGAACAACUGGAUUUGCGCAAUUACGAGCUUAAAAGCUUACAGCAACGGUUGGCUCAAACCACUUUCCAGCAAGCUCAGCAAGAGAUCGAAGAACUUAAGCAAAAGACCGAAACGUUGAAGCAGACGAUGGUCGAAGCACGGCAGACACAAACGCAGGCCAACGCCAGGGUGAAAGACCUGACGGCCAAAAUUGCCGACAGCAAGGGUCAUCGAGAGCGCGAACUCAAGGCUGCCGAGGAGGACAUGAAGCGGUUUAAAAAGAAGAGCGAAGACAGUCGCAAAAGUUGGAAGAAACACGAGCAGAGCUUCGAAACGUUAAAGCUGGAAAUCGAAGAGCUCAAGAAAGGCAUCACUGCCGCCCGGGAGCAGGCAGUUAAACUUGAGGAAAGCAUCGCGGCAUUGCAGGAAAAACUACAAAGUGCCAGUGAGAACAGUGACCAACAGGUGGCCGCAGUUGCUGCCGUGAAGCAAAAGAUCAAGGCUCAUAAAGAUAAAAUUAACAGCCAGAAUAAGGAGUUGAAAGCAAAGUACCAUCACAGGGAUAAGUUGCUGAAGCAAAAUGAGGAACUCGAACUGGAUAUCAAAAAGAAGGAAAAUGAAAUUCAGAAAGUGAAAAACGAAAACAAAGAUGGUUACAACAAAAUAUCUGGUCUCGAGGAAAAGUAUCCCUGGAUUACGGAGGAUAAAGAGUUCUUCGGAGUUAAAAAUACGAGGUACGAUUACAAUAAAGAAGACCCACAAGAAGCUGGUCGGAAAUUAAACAAACUGCAAGAUUCUAAACAAAAAAUGAGCAGAAAUAUAAACCAGAAAGCGAUGGUAUUGCUGGAUCGCGAAGAGGAGCAAUACAAGGAAGUUAUUCGUCGGAAGCAGGUGGUGGAGGAUGAUAAAAAGAAGAUUCAAAAAAUCAUCACCGAUUUGGACGAAGAAAAAAAGAAACAACUGAAAGUGGCAUGGACAGAGGUUAACGAAAACUUCGGCAGUAUUUUCAGCACCCUACUGCCGGGAACUCAGGCUCAGCUGGUACCGCCAGAUGGUGUGAAUUUCAUGAAGGGACUCGAGGUAAAGGUAGGGUUCAAUGGCAUGUGGAAGGAAUCGCUGACCGAACUGAGCGGAGGUCAACGCUCGCUGGUGGCUCUGUCGUUGAUUUUGGCUAUGCUGAAAUACAAACCGGCACCGCUGUAUAUUCUUGACGAAGUUGACGCUGCCCUGGAUCUGUCGCAUACGCAGAACAUCGGUAACAUGUUGAAGAAACAUUUCACCAACUCGCAGUUUGUUAUCGUUUCACUUAAGGAUGGCAUGUUUAAUAACGCGAACGUUCUGUUUAGGACCAAAUUUGUGGACGGAAUGUCUGCGGUUACUAGGACAGUAAACAUUGCCCAGUUGAAAAAGGCAGGCAGGUGAUUCGCGAUUUUCUCGAACGUAAAAUUUUGGAAAGCUUUUAGGUAGCAGACAAUUAAGGGAUACUGUGAACUCUUUAAAAUAAAUAUA